AUGGCUGAAGGCAGGAGAUACUGUGGCUGGUCCCGUUUCCGUUGGUGUUUCUUCGUCCUGCUCCUCAUAGCAACGGUCUUCUUCUACUUCGGCGAUCAGACCGUACCAUGUAGAAUACCCAUCAGAGUACAGGUACUGGGCAAAGAGGUCCGUCUGUUCUUCCUGCUGGGACUGUCCAGUGGAGAGGAGACAGAGCAGGUCCAGGAGAAGGUGCUGCAGGAGAGCAAAGAGCACCAGGAUCUGCUGCAGAGCGACUUCAUAGACAGCUACAAAAACCUGACCAUCAAGACCAUGGUGAUGAUGGAGUGGCUGAGCUCUCGCUGCCCCAGCGCCUCCUACGCCAUGAAGAUCGACUCAGACAUGUUCCUCAACGUGAACACCUUGGUCAACAUGCUGCUUCACGCUCCAACGCAGAAGUACCAGAGUGGACUAGUGGCCCAAUGGGCCGCCGUUCUAAGAGACCCUAACUCCAAAUGGUACCUUCCAAAUGAGGUGUUUCCUGAACCGGUAUAUCCACCUUAUGCUCUGGGCCUGGGCUAUGUCUUCACCUUGGACCUCCCCAGGAAGCUGGUGGAGGCGUCCAGGCAUGUUAAAGCCGUCUACAUAGAGGAUGUGUAUCUGGGACUGUGUAUGAGACACCUGGGCAUCCGGCCUACUGACCCCCCCAGUGGAAACCUCUUCCAUGUGUCCCCUGUGGCUUAUGACCGCUGCACCUACUCACGGCUGAUAGCCACCACCACACACAGUAUCACUCACCAGGUCAACGCAUGGACAGACCUACACAAACCUGGUCCUCCCUGCUGAUCUCAUACAGUAACAGACUGACUGAUGUACCAAUCACUUCCUCGUUGUUUGUUCAUACACUAACUAACUAACAAACCAAAAACAAAGAACGUGACGAGGGGAUGGGGAAAGGAUAUACAACAUUUCUGGAGAGAUCUGAAAAUAUCUGUGCAGCAACUCUCCCCAUCCAACCUGACAGAGCGUGAGAGGAUCUGCAGAGAAGAAUGGGAGAAACUCCCCAAAUACAGGUGUGCCAAGCUUCUUGCGUCUUACCCAAGACUCAAGGCUGUAAUCGCUGCCAAAGGUGCUUCAACAAAGUACUGAGUAAAGGGUCUGAAUAGUUAUGUCAUAUUUCAGUUUUUAUUUUUCAUUUAAAAAAUUAAUCCUGUUUUUG